AUGGACCGCAGGCCUAGCAUCGAAGAUGCGCCUCCCCUCAAGCGCAAGAAAGUACGUCGAGGCACCCGCAGUUGCUGGGAAUGCAAACGACGCAAGAUGAAAUGCGUCUUUGAGCGCCCCAACGAUGCCGUCUGUGUUGGGUGCCACCGACGGUGGACGCAGUGUGUGAGCCAGGAGUUCCCCGAGCAAUUGUCCACGCCAAUCGACAGCACCCGCCAGCUGCGCGAUCGUCUACGCCAAGUACAGUCGCGGCUUAACCAAGUCCUGCACCAGGACGCCAGCUAUACGCCGGCUUGCAGCACUGACCAGGAUCAACUGUAUACUGAGGAUGCGGCUGUCCAGCAGCCUGCCCCGCCUCUCCCUUCUCUGUCCCUUGCGGAACGGUUUCCCGCCGGGGAAGACAUCUCACACACCUUGUACAACGCCUUGCCCUCUCCGCAGGAUACCACUCGUAUUGCCGCGGCCAGCAGUCACCAGUCCGUCCCCUUUCAUGAGAUCCUGACCACGCCCUACAGUAUCCUCGAUCGCGAUGGCCUACGCGCAUACAGCCCGCUGCUACCCAUAACGGGCCCUGGUGUUCAUCCCGUGCUGAUCGCGCGGCAUAUGCUUCAUCUGGCCAGCUUCCUGCAGCACCUGCACCCUGAUCUUCACGAUGAGGUUAAGGGUCUCUCGGAGCCCCCGUCCGUGAUGCGCGAACGGAUGGCCGAGGUAGCUAUCCGCCUGGUGACCACGCAGGAUCAGUUCGUGGGCAGUGUGGAAUUCCUGGAAUGCAUCAUGAUCCAGAGUCUGUACGAGGCCAACUGUGGACAUCUGCGCCGCAGCUGGAUGACCGCGCGCCGCGCUAUGGCGAUCGCCCAGUCCAUGGGCUUUCACCAGUCCGGCGCGCGCCUGCAGUAUCAGGUCCUCCACCCGGACACCAAAGCCUAUCCGCACUUUAUGUGGUUCCGCAUCGUCUUCUACGAUCGCCAGAUGUGUCUCCUGCUGGGCAUGCCCGAAGGCAGCCCUGAUCGGACUAUGGGCUCCGACGCGAUGCUAGCGCAGGAUACUCCUAUUGGCCGUCUGGAGCGCCAGCAUUGUGUUGUUAUGUCGCGCCUCCUGGAGAGCAACCAUGCUGGCCCCGUCUCAUGCUCUGACUACGCACUGAUUCGGGAUCUAGAUAGGAAGGUACACCGGUUGGCACGCACCUUACCUAGUCGAUGGUGGCUGACGCCGAAUCUCAGCAAGGAGCAAAAUAAGGAGACAUUGUUCUGGGAUAUGCGACGCUUGUUUGCGCAGCUGUGCCACUACAACCUCCUCAACCAGCUCCAUCUGCCCUACUUGCUCCGCCACUCAGCCGAGCUCAAGUACGAUUACUCUCAAAUCACUUGCGUAAAUGCUUCACGCGCGAUCCUCUCCCGGUUCAUCAUAGGUCGCUGGAACCGAGUCGCCUUCAGCUGCCGCACUAUCGACUUCAUAGCCCUGAUGGCUGCCAUGACCUUGGUGCUCGCACAUCUCGACCGGUACCGGUCCCCGCAGAUCGAUAAUUUUCUGGCCGCCAAGCGCUUGUCCGACCGAGCAAUGAUCGAGCAGGCUCAGGAGCAUAUGGAGGAGCUCGACCGGCUGAAUGCCGACCCGCUCAGUGCACGGAGCGAUGGCCGCCGACGGGGGAAUCUCCACAGCGCCCAGGCAGUCCGCGUGCAGAACUCAGAGAGCGAGCCCCAACCAGAAGCGACCCAUUCGGACGACAAACACGUCUAUAUUCCGUAUUUUGGCGUCAUUCAAGCGGCAGCCCAGCUCGUCUCCGCCGUCGCACACCCGCCAACCCCUACCGUCGUCCCGCCGGGCGCUGAAGGACAAGCCCAGACACGACCAGCUGCUGCCGCGACAACGCCGUCUCUCCAAGCAACAAGUAACAACAUCCACAGCUUCUCUGGGCCCUUCUUCUCCGAAGUCCUCUCGGACGACCCUGUGCAACUGUUCGAAUACCCCGGCAUGGCCGGCGUGGAGGACGGGACAUUCCAGGACAUGGAACUAGCGUUCUUGGACAAUCUAAUGCGAGGCGCCGGGGACAUGUAA